AUGAGUGGUAGCGACGAUAAAGAGAGCCAGUGUGAGGAAAGGACAACUGAGUCAAACAACGAGAUCAUGGGUGACGUCCUUGCUAAAGAAGCUGAAGAGUCUGGUGAUGCGGUUGACGCUGGUGAUGUUGAAAAUAAUAUUAAAGUUGAUGCUGAUGCUGAUAAUCAAACACAAGUUGACGUAAAAACUCAAUUUGAAAUUGACGCUCAACCCAAUCAGGACAAUGAUAAUUAUCGUGAUGAAACAACAGACUCUGAAGACGAAUCACAUUUCAGAAAUUCACCAUGUGAAGCUGAUGCUGCUCCGGAAAUUCCUGUCGCUCAAUCCAUUCCUGAGUCUACAUCUACGGACACCCAGACAACCCAAACUACCAAUGACAUCUGGAAUUUAUCUAAGUCUCUUGAUGAUGAUGAUGAUGAUGAUGAUGAUGAUAAUGAGGAAUUGUCAUCGUAUUUUGGGCAAACUCAAACUAUCAAACAUGAAAAAGUUUGUACUUGUGAAGUCUGUGUUGUACAAAGGGCAUUUAUCCGGGAUAAAAUAACAAAAGUAUGGAAUUGGCAGAGUCAAGGAUUAAAAAUACGUGAAUACAUUAGAGCUGUAUUUAAUGCCGCUAUUGAGUCUCCUUGUGUGCCUAAUAUUCGUAAAUAUGAAUGUGAUCCUAAUCAGUAUGCUCAACUCCGAGAAAUUGUUAAUGAUCUUGUAAAAAGUCAUCCACACAAAUUUUUCUUGAUGCUGGUGAUACAGGCACAAGAAUUCGUCGUUGAGUUAAAAAUCCGUAUUAUGCGUCCACUGCAGGAUGAUAAUUUAGCGCGUAUUGCUGAAGUAUUUCUUACAACAACAGCAGCUCAAGUAACUGAUUUAAUAAAACCACUAGAAGACAAUCACCUCUCAAAAUUCACAAUAACCUGGGAAUUUUUCAACAAAAAACUCUACCAAAAUUACAUAUACUUCUACGAGCCAACAAUCAGAAAUAUCUUACCAUCCCUAGUUCGUCAACUGCGUAAACCCCGAAAAGGAAAAGGUUACAAAGUGCUAUUAGAAAGGUACUUAGGCUUCGUGGACGAGAUGAUGCAGAUCGCAGAUCUGUGGCUAGACAAAGAGUUGAAUAUCGACAAGUACAACGCAGUCCAAACCCGUCGUAUAAUAGACAAACGCAAAGCCAGUACCCCUUGGACCCUCUACACAAUCGAAGAAGCGACAAAAGUAGAAAACGAGCGUACAUUAGAUGUCCCAGGAUUGGGACUAAAUCAAACACCAUUUGAUUCUUACUUCAUAAAGUUACUAGAGCGACUAGAAUCUCCACCAGACACCGCAUUAGUCCGUAAGAUGCUGGACGCCUGGAGUAAACAAGCCUACCAAACGUUAGCUCUAAGUUCAUUAGGAAUUUACUGGCACAAAGAACGUGAGAUCGCAGGGGACGGUACAACGCCUGAUGAUCCUGGUUAUUAUUUCGGGUAUCAAGCAGCUGCAUGGUUAGUAUUAAGCCGAGCUACUGACACGACAUUAGAAAUAGAUACCAAGUGCACAGUCUGCGGUGAGCUAGCUUGGGUGUCACACUUGGUCGUAGGUGGCCGUACUAAAACCGGUCAGUGUGCUCAUCCAACUUUGAAGGCUAAUGGAGAUAUAUCUACAGCAUCAUUAUCAGUAUCAUUACCCGGUUCGCCGUCUUCGACAGGUUCCGCAGCUGAUAGUACUGAACUAGUUAACACCAACCACAAUACAGAUAAUAAAAAACGCAAAGGAUGUUUGUGUACAUACAGACAUUUGGGUGAAUGGCAAGGUUCAACAUUUCGUGGACUUUUAUUAUUUCCACCUUGCUUGUGUAUGCUCAAUAUGCGUCAAUUACCGGAGUCUGCUUGUCCUUGUGUUCGUGAAGAACCAUCACGUUUAUCUGGACGCAAUAACAAUAAUAAUAGCAGUAAUAAUAGUAAUAGUGGUAGUAACUGUAGUAAUAAUAUUAAUAAUAAUAGUAACAAUAGUUGUAAUAAAACAAGUGAUCAGCAAAUUUCUACACAAUCUUCUUCAGUAGAAAGUGGAGAGACUAUUAAAAUGAAUAAUUGUAAACCGGUGGUACCUCAAACAAGGCAUUCAACGACACAAACUCCCAAUGGUAUGCACCCUCAUAAUCAUGGCCAUGCUCAUAAUAACCACACCGGACACAAUCCACAUCCUAGAUGCACUGGCCAUGGGUCUGAUAUAAAAGGAAUUGCCAAACACAAUCAUGGACAUCCGCAUUGCCAUAAACAAACUGUCGAACAGAUACGCAGGGUAUCUUGCAAUAGUUUGCACACUGGUGAUGGUAAUUGUUCGGAUAGCGGGAGUAUUGAAGACUCUUGUUCAACUGGUGGGUCAUCUUCUCCACGAGAUGCUGGUCGGCAUUGCGAUUGUUGUUACUGUGAAGUAUUUGGCCAUGGUGUACCCAGUGUUGCUCCAGUAAGUCGUAAUUAUAAUGAGACAAGAGAACGAUUGCGGCAAUUGUUGACGAAGAAAAAAGCUAAAAAGUGUAAUAAAGUUACGGGGUCUACUAUUGUUGGUUCGGGAUCUACAGCUGCAACUUCUUCGUCUUGUAGUCCUCCUGUAAGUCCAGCUGACACUCCGUCGGAUAAUUCUGUUACUCGUGGUAGAUCUGAUACUCCGUCGACUGUUUCUGAGUUGAGGGAUGAUCGGGAUUUAGAUACGUUAAUUAAAUUUAUUGAAGGGGAUGUGGACAGUAGUGGGAAGAAAGAUACUAAGAAGAGUGAAAAAAAGGCGAGGCAGAAAUUGAAGAAAGCUGAAGAAGCUUUGAGGCUGCAGAAAGAAGAAGCUGAUAGGCAGAAAAUUGUUGAGUUGCAGAAAAAAACUCCCGGUGUUACGAUAACUGUUGUUGAUCCGAAAAAACCAGCGCAGAAAUUGUUGAUGAAUAAAAAUUUACCUGAGGUGUCGAUUUUGCCGGCAACUGUACAGAAGAAAAUUGUGAAGAAUGAAGUUAGGGAGAAGGUUAAGGAGACUGUUGUUGUUGUUGCUAGUGGUAAAAGUAAAAAGAAAAAGAAACAGAAGAUUGUUGAACCUGAACCUGAACCUGAACCUGAACCUGAGCCGGAACCUGAGCCUGAGCCUGUUCCGUUGACUAAAAAGGAACGGAAGAAAUUGAAGAAAGAAAUGAAGAAAAUGGAAUUGCAGAAAUUGCAGAAUAGUAGUGAUGGUAAUAGUGGGAAAGUUUCUAAAGAUCAACCUCAAAUUGUUACUAUUAAAAGGGUGAUGGAGUCUAAUAACGCUGAGCCUACGGUUACGAUUACUCUUAAAGGGCAAACACCUGCUGAAGAUAAAGUAUUAUUUACGUUAGUUAAUGGACAAACUAAGGAACCGUCGAAGGAAACUGGUGGAAAGAAAAAGAAAAAGAAGAAGGGUCAAGCUCAAGCACAAGUACAAGCUCAAACUCAAGUGAAAGUUACUCAGGUUCAAGCGAAGAGUAGUAAUAAGGAGAAAGAUAAAGGUAAAACGAAGAAAGAAGAGAAGAAAAAGGCACAGGCACUAGCGAAAAUUCAAGAUCAAGAUCAAGGGCAAUUACAAGGUAAUAAAGGACAAAAUCAAGCUCAGGCACAAGUCUCGAGUGAAAUAAAAACCAAGAAAAAGGAUAAAAAGAAUGCUGAGAAUAAACAACCACAAAAUGUUCCCCAGCAACAAAAUAGCACAAAGAAAAAUCAAUCUGAAGUUAGUAAUAAAGGAAAAAAACAGAAGACUGUUACUCCACUUACUGAGAUUAAGGUACAGACUAAUGUUAAUAGUAACACUAAUAUUAAGAUUAAUGAGGCGGGGAAGAAACAACAGCAACAGCAACAAUUACAACAACAACAGCAGCAACAGCAACAGCAAAAGAAGAAAAAAGAUAAUCAGAAGAAUAAUAAACAAGCUAAGCAAGCACCGUCACAGCAAAAAACGCCUGUUAGUAGUAAUACUAAUCUGAGUAAUGUUAAUAGUAGUAAUAGUAAUAGUAAUAGUGGGAGUUCAACGCAUGGUCAAGCUAAGGAUAUGACAAGGAUAAAUAUUGAAAAUCUUAAAUUACCACCUGGUAUUACGAUAACAAAGGUUGAUGUUCCCGUAAAACCAUUUCCUAUAAAAUCAACUCCACUUGCUAAAGCUACUAGUAAUACUCCGCCAAAUAAACAGGCGACGAUAAUUGCAUCUCCAAUGUCUGCUGGGGGAAUUCAUGGAAGCUAUGGUGGUCCUCAAGCUGGUGCUAAUGUUAUUGUGGUUGAUACUGGGAAACUCAAGCAGGAUCUUAAUCCAAAUGACAAAGGAGCUUCCAAGGAGCCAAGUAAAUCGAGUAAAAAAAAGAAGAAGAAGAAUGCCGCAGCAGCAGCUGCUGCCGCCAAGAAUGCAUUGCAAAAUAAUUCACAAUCUAACGACAACUCGGAACGUUAUCAAAAUGAUGAAUUAGCGCGUAUUGUUCACAAUCCCGGAUCAAAUAUGGUGACUAUCCGCAAUCCUGCAUUCGGAUCGCUACCAAAAGUUGAACCAGUUCAACAACAAGCAGCUAUUAUUAAACUGUCUGACAAUGGGAUGGUAACAAUACGAAGUCCAGCCUUGCAGCAUGCCUUGAACAAUGGUCUUACACCUCCGCCAAAACCCGAUUUUAUAGUGAAAGGUGAAUUUUUGAAUGAAAACAGCAAACCCGCAUCGGGACAAAAAAGUGCAAAUAUAUCUUCGAGCUUAGCUGAUCUAAGAAGUCGUCUCACACCCGAUUGUACUGGUAUCACUGGUCUUGCUAAUAUACAAAUAAGUAAAGUAACUAGUGGACAACAAGUGAUACCUGAGAAUGGUAUUAAUUUAAAAGGAACCAGUGUUACAUUAACAAAGGUCAAAAAUCCAGAUGUUAAAUAGAGCGUAUUCACGCCGAAAGAUAUAGACGAGGAUGGAGAAAUGGACGAUGCAGAACGUGAAUUGGAGGCAUUCAAACGUUUCUGCCUGCAGUCAGUACCACCGCCAAGAAAAGAAAAGGUUAAGCUUAAUAUCAAGGACAUUGUUCUUAAGAAAAAAUCGUCAUCUUCAUCCUCAUCUUCUUCAUCAUCAUCUUCGUCGUCGUCAUCAUCUUCAUCGUCAUCAACUUCUUCAGCAGCGGCCGCGGCUAUAAUUGCUGCUAAUUAA